AUGUGGACCACGUCUGCCAUGACAGUCAACAUGUCUGAGGCUGAGCCAGACCACAUUAACUGCACCAUCAGCCAUGAGAUCCACCAGUACCUGUUCUCUGUGGCCUACAUCCUGGUUCUUUUGAUUGGCGUUCCCACCAACGCCUACUCCCUCUACCAUGCCUGGCUUCAGCUGAGAGACAAGAACGAGCUGGGGAUCUACCUUCUCAACCUGACCGUGUCAGACCUCCUCUACCUGGCCUCUCUGCCUCUCUGGCUGCAGUACAUCUUCCAGGGAGAUGACUGGAGACAAACUGAGUGGCUUUGCCAGCUGUGUGGCUUCCUGCUCUAUGAAAACAUUUAUGUUAGUAUCGGAUUCUUAUGUUGUAUCUCUAUAGACCGUUACCUAGCCGUAGUGUACCCAUUCCGCUUCACAGCUUUUCGAAGUAUGCGGGCAGCCACGUUGGCCAGCGCCUUCAUCUGGCUGAAAGAGAUUGCUGUGGGUGUUGUCUUUUUCAAACACAAGGAACUAAGCAGGGACAGCACCAACCAAUCGGUGUGCUUUGAGCACUACCCCAUGCAGCCGUGGGAGUACCCAAUCAACUACUACCGUUUCGCCGUUGGCUUCCUGUUCCCACUAGGCAUCCUGUCCGUGUCGUAUCUCCGCGUCUUGCGGGCGGUCGGAAAAAGCGUAGGCACGCAAAGCACCCAGAAAACGCGCAUCAAGAACCUGGUGACCAGCACCAUUGUCAUUUUCCUGGUGUGUUUCUCUCCAUACCACGUGUUCCUGCUGGUGCGUACCAUCUUGGAAAGAGACUGCCCCUUCAUAAUCAACAUCUUCAACUACUACCACGUCUCCCUGCUGCUCACUAGCUUCAACUGCGUGGCCGACCCAGCGCUGUACUGUUUCGUCAGUGAGAGGGCCCAGCAGGGGAUCCAACAAGCCCAGGAGGCCUGUACCCAGGCCCUCUGCUGCUGCUGCCACAGGGGACAGCACAGCCCCGUCACAGCCACAGGUACAGACUCCGAGGUGGCCACCUCCAACGAGAACAGAAAAGUCUCAGUCACACUGCUGACAUCUAGUAGUAAUAUUAAUAAUACAUGGGUUUUAUGA